AUGCAUUUGUUUGUAUUGUUUUUGUUCCGUCAAGUGAUUGUUGGGAACUGGCCGUGUGCUCUGGAAAAGUGGCGAUUUUUCGAGAAAGUAGUGCUCUCAUCUGGUAAUUUGCAAACAAAACUCAAAAAGCCUCCAGCAUGGAAACUAUAGCAGAACACAGCGGCAUGUUUCCAAAGUUAAACGUUGAUGAAGAACCAGAACUUAGUGCGACCGAAGUUGAAUCCAUGUGUAUGAGCUGCCAAGAAAAUGGUAUCACUCGAUUGUUGCUUACUCAAAUCCCUUUCUACAAAGAAGUUGUCAUUAUGUCGUUUUCCUGUGACCAUUGUGGCUAUGAGAAUAACGAAAUUCAACCUGGGGGUGAGAUAGCACCGAAGGGAGUAGAAAUUCGAACCGAGAUUGUGACUUCGCGUGACCUGAACAAACGUGUGGUGAAAUCAGAUUUCUCCUGCAUCCGUAUAGAGGAGCUUGAUUUCGAGAUCCCGGCCCAAUCGCAGAAGGGUGAGGUGACCACGGUGGAGGGUAUUAUCGAUCGCGUCAUACGUGGCUUGGAUCAGGACCAACCCGUUCGUCGGAUACAGCAUCCAGAGGCGGCGGAGCAGAUCGAUACCUUUAUCACAAAUUUGCAAACGUUAAAGGAAUUGGAACGUCCGUUCACGCUGACGAUAACAGAUAUUUCGGGCAAUAGUUUCGUCGAGAAUCUAAACGCACCACACAAGGAUCCAGCUACCACGAUAUCGCACUUCCAGCGUACGAAGGAACAAAACCAUUCUUUGGGAAUUUUUACGCACGACGAAGUUUCAGAGACGCCAGAAACGACAAAUGCGGUAGAAGAAGCGAUUAAGCUGGAAACCGUGCCAGAAGAGGUGGACAGUUUGCUAAAACCGAUUCGCGAAGGUGCCUGGCCACUGGAGGAGCUACACGGAGAGGUGUUACAGUUCCAGACAAACUGUCCCGAAUGUGCUGCCGCGUGUGAUACCAACAUGAAAGUUACAACUAUUCCACAUUUUAAAGAAGUGGUGAUUAUGGCCACGGUUUGCGACAAUUGUGGUCUGCGUACGAACGAAGUAAAACCGGGCGGUGGCAUCGAAGAGCAGGGAGUAAAAAUAGAAGUCACCGUGCGUGGUAGGAUCGACUUUGCGCGGGACGUACUGAAAUCGGAAUCCUGUAGUCUGCAUAUUCGUGAGCUGGAGUGCGAGGUCGGUGCCGGUGCCCUAGGGGGUAGAUUCACCACGAUCGAAGGCUUGCUGACCGCCAUGCGCGAACAGUUGGUGGAAAGUACGGGAAUGUUUAUGGAUUCCAAUGAUGCGGAAACGAAGGAGCGAAUGGACAAAUUUUUCGGUCAGCUGGAUUCUGCAAUCGCGGGCAAUAAGCAGCUAACGAUAGUGAUGGAUGAUCCAACGGGUAACAGCUACGUGCAGUCGCUGAAUGAUGACGGUACACCUGACACUGCCUUGCGGAUAAUUCGUUACCAUCGAUCAUACGAACAGAACGAGGAAUUGGGUUUGAACGAUAUGAAGACGGAAAAUUAUGGCGAAGAGUCUAUAGAUGAUGCGGGAAAGGGCGAUUGUUGAGCGUACGCAUUUUAUUCAAAUAAAAAACGUGUAAUUGCUGUUAAA